AUGGCGAUCGUUUACGUGCUUCUGGUGGCGCUGAUCACCGCGGCGUCCCAUGCGCCGCACGGCGCGCACGGCCAGACGUGGCACGGCGACCUCGCGGCGCUCGCCGCCGCCGGCAAGCUCCGCAGCGACCCCAACGCCACCCUGGCGGCCUCCACGGACUUCGGCAACAUCACGGCGGCGCUCCCGGCGGCCGUGCUGUUCCCGUCGUCCCCGGCGGACGUGGCUGCGCUCCUCCGCGCCGCGCACACCACCGUGGCGUGGCCGUACACCAUCUCGUUCCGCGGCCGCGGCCACUCCGUGAUGGGGCAGGCCUUGGCCCUCGGCGGCGUGGUCGUCGACAUGCCGUCCCUGGGCGGCCCGUCCUCCGCGGCGCGCAUCAACGUGUCGGCGGACGGCCAGUACGUCGACGCCGGCGGCGAGCAGAUGUGGAUCGACGUGCUGCGGGCGACGCUGGAGCGCGGCGUGGCGCCGCAGUCGUGGACGGACUACCUCCACCUCACCGUCGGCGGCACGCUCUCGAACGCCGGCAUCAGUGGCCAGACCUACCGGCACGGCCCCCAGAUUUCCAACGUCCUGGAGCUGGACGUCAUCACCGGCUACGGCGAGAUGCUGACGUGCUCCAAGUCGCUCAACGCGGACCUGUUCGACGCGGUACUGGGCGGGCUGGGCCAGUUCGGCGUGAUCGUGCGCGCACGGAUCGCGCUCGAGCCGGCGCCGACGCGGGCGCGGUGGGCGCGGCUCGUCUACACCGACUUCGCCACCUUUUCCGCCGACCAGGAGCGGCUCGUCGCGCCCGGGCCCGACGGCGCGUUCGGGCCGAUGAGCUACCUCGAGGGCGCGGUCUACGUGAACCACAGCCUGGCCGCCGGGCUGAAGAACUCGGGCGGGUUCUUCACCGACGCCGACGUCGCCAGGAUCGUCGCCGUCGCCGCGGCGAGGAACGCCACCACCGUGUACGUCAUCGAGGCGACGCUCAACUACGACAACGCCACGGCCGCGUCCGUGGACCAGGAGCUCAGUUCGGUGGUGGCGACGCUGAGGCACGAGGAGGGGCUCGCGUUCGUGCGUGACGCGUCGUACCUGGAGUUCCUGGACCGGGUGCACGGCGAGGAGGUGGCGCUGGACAAGAUCGGGCUGUGGCGCGUCCCGCACCCCUGGCUCAACGUGCUCGUGCCCCGCUCCCGCAUCGCCGACUUCGACAGCGGCGUCUUCAAGGGCAUCCUCCAGGGCACCGACAUCGCCGGGCCCCUCGUCGUCUACCCACUCAACAAAUCCAAGUGGGACGACGGCAUGUCGGCGGUGACGCCGGCGGAGGAGGUGUUCUACGCGGUGUCGCUGCUCUUCUCGUCGGUGGCCAACGACCUGAAGCGGCUGGAGGCGCAGAACCAGAAGAUACUGCGGUUCUGCGACCUCGCCGGGAUAGGGUACAAGGAGUACCUGGCGCACUACACGGCCCACGGCGACUGGGUCCGGCACUUCGGCGGCAAGUGGCAGCGCUUCGUGGAGAUGAAGGACAAGUACGACCCCAAGAGGCUGCUCUCCCCUGGCCAAGACAUCUUCAACCUACUCCUUUGA